UAUUUACAGAAGAUUCAAAAUUGAAAACUGAAAACCAUUCCGUUGAACAUAUUUUUGCUUGUGCUUUUAUCACCAAAUUGGGUUUUUCUAUGAUCCAAACGUGAAAAUUUUUUUACUUCCUUUUCGCUUAAAAUAAUUUAUUAACGGGAAAUUUUCUCUAAAAAUAUACUGAAUUUCGUAGUUUGUAUUGGCAAGAGCGUGCAAACAGCUUUCAACCGCCAAACGGGUUCGGUCUCUGUUUUGAAAUCGUUUCAAUAUUGUGGAAUCAAGACGCUGGGUGUUCAAAAGUGAAUUUUGUGAGAUCUCUGGUCUUCAGAAUGGAAAAUAUUCCAGAUUGGGCUGCCUUUGAAGCCGAUCGUCUUAAAUCAUUCAAACGAUGGCCUUUCAAGAAAGGCCCGUGCAAUCCCGUGCAGAUGGCUGAGGCUGGCUUUUAUUUUAUUGGUAGUAAAUCUGAACCAGAUUUGGCUCGCUGUUACGUUUGUUGUAAAGAACUUGAUGGGUGGGAAGAACAUGACAAUCCCUGGCUGGAGCAUAAGAAGCAUGCCCCCAAAUGUCCUUACGUUCUCUUGGAUAAGAAACCUGCGGAUCUGACUGUCAAAGAUAUGUACACAUUGGAGGCAGAGAGAAUGAAACGUGUUUUGGUGAUGCGGCAUGAAGCACAAGUCAAAACUUUGAAUGAGAUCAAAGCCUGUGUUUUGGAAGAGUUGGAUAAACUUACUAAUAAAGGUGGAAAAGAUAACCGCAAGAGAUCUACAAGGCCUGCUUCCAAGAGAUCUAGUCGGAAAGACUGAGCUCUGCUGUAUCUGUAUAUAUCUGUAUUGUCAAUAUCGGACUUGAAAGUUAUUAAUAAUAAGCAUAAUUUAUAAAUCAGUA